CGACUGGAUGCAGGAGCCACGGGGUUCGUCAACGGUAUCGGCAGCGAGCGCCGUCGGGAGCGAAGCGCGCUGGCGCCGGGAAGAGAUGGCGCUCCUCGAGAGCAUCAUGCAGACCUCGUACCCGGGCUGGACCGAGACGACGGUCGUCGACUGGACGGCCGUCGCAACUCAAGUCGGCUCGCGCGACGUGUGGCAGUGCAAGCAAAAGUGGAUGCGGUCGCUGCGACCAGGGCUCAACCUCGGCCCGUGGAGCGACCAGGAAGACCGGCUCUUGAUGGACGUCAUGGCGGCGCUACCGUCGCCAGCCCGCGUCGACUGGCGCCAAGUGGCCUACGACCUUGAGAAGUCCAAUUUUCGACGCAGCAUGAAGCAGGUCAAGGAACACUGGGAAGAUCACAUCAACCCAGCGAUCGUGCCCAUCCACGAAGUGCCAUUGACAAAGGCCGAGCUGGCCAUCAUCCGCGAGACCGUCAUGGCCUACCCGCACUCGGGGAAGCUCUGGGUGCUGCUGAUCCGGAACGUCAAUGACGUUAUCAAGACCAACGCAGAUGUGAUGACCGAGCUUCUGAGCGGCCGUGGUCCCGGCGGCCAAAAUCUGACACCGGUGCGCUCCAAGAGCGAUCUGAAAAAAUCCCUUCAGAAAAUGGUCACGCGCAUUCAAAAAGAGCAGGCCGCGCUCGCACCCGCCCCGCCGUCCUCCGACUCGACGUUAUUUCGCAAAACCACAUUGUGGGAGACCCCCGGACGGCUCUCGGUCAAGCGUCGGACCAGUGCCAGAGCCACAGCAUCGUCAUCGCCGGCAACGCUGCCAGUGGCACCAGCGCUGGAGCCGGUUAUGAACCCUAACGCGCUACUGGCUCCUGCGAUCACGGCCGUGCACGAGGCUUCCCGAGCAAUGGGUUGCUCUCUCGACGAGACGCUCGCGCUUCUCCGAGACGCUAUCUCAGCCUCUGUGCCAGACCCACCGACAACAGAGGUCGACGCCACGACAUCGUUUCUACGAUUGCCACCCGCCGACACAAUGCGCGAAGCCGAUCUACGCAGCGACGACCUGUCGCCGGCGCAGCUGCUCGUCGGCCUGCGCACGUCGGACCCUGCCACGAUAGCGUGAGAUCAAUGCACACAUUUGGCAUGUAUGUACUCGGUUUCAGGGCUCGGGAUCACGCUAUGAUAUCGAGACACUCGUAAGUGUCGGCGUCAUCUGUCCACAAGGGCUAGGGUUGUACGGAGGAAUGGAUAUACCCUGGA